AGCCAUCUGAAUGUUGUUCACAAAGAGGGCCUGGGGAGGAGGGAUGGGAACGGCUGCAUCUGCUUCACUGUCCUGUAUGUGUGCCUGGGCCACCUGAUGCCAACUCCAUGAUGGCACAUUUCUUGAGUGCCUUAAGUGGGUUUGCUUCCUGGCAUGAACCCUCCCUAAGCCUAGCUGGGAAUUUUCUGGGGUUCAUCUCGGUCUUAUGAGAGGUUCCUGGUUACCCCCUAGGGUUGAGCCAAGUAGGUCCCAGGUUAAGAUAUUGGAGUGUCAAGAAUAGGUUAUAAUUAGAGCUGCCCGUGUUCCUGGACAGCACACCUGGGAGGUGAGGAUGUCGGAUGGCAUCCCUGGUGUGUUCAGCAGUGGCCUUUGUCUGCACCCAUCUUCAUUACAUGUUAAUACCACCAGAGACACUUGGAGGUCACUGGAAGGACUGAGCGCGUUCGGGAGCCUGGAGGAACUCAUCUUGGACAACAAUCUGCUCGGGGACGACCUCAUGUUGCCAGGGUUACCCAGGCUCCAUACCUUAACCCUCAACAAGAACCAAAUCACGGACUUGGAGCAUCUGCUCGAUCACCUGGCAGAAGUGACACCAGCUCUGGAGUACCUCAGCCUGUUGGGUAAUGUGGCAUGUCCCAAUGAGCUGGUCAGCUUGGAAAAGGAUGAGGAAGACUACAAGAGGUACAGAUGCUUUGUUCUGCACAAGCUGCCCAAUUUGAAGUUUCUGGAUGCCCGGAAAGUAACCAGACAAGAACGAGAGGAAGCUUUGGUCAGAGGGGCGUUCAUGAAGGUGGUGAAGCCCAAGGCUUCCAGUGACAGCGUUGCUGCCUCUCCAGAGUGCCACUACACACCCCUGCCUUCUGCUUCCAGGGAACUCACCAGUCACCGAGGUGUCCUGGGGAAGUGUCGCUAUGUUUACUAUGGGAAAAACUCAGAGGGCAACAGGUUUAUCCGAGAUGACCAGCUCUGAAGGCAAGUUCUGUAUGCCUUAACCCGUGUCAUGAGAGUAAAAGAAAAAGGGAAAGCAAAAAUAAAGAAAAAGCUGAAGGAAAAAACAA